AUGGCUUCCAAGAAGAUUCAAACCAUUCCCGCGAUGAGAAGCAAAAGCAUGAGUGCCUCCUUCUCAAGCGGAGACUCUGUUAGGGUCGUCAUCCGGAGCAAGGCCAAGGCGAUAUCCGCAACUCAACAUGUCACUUCCAUACCGACUCAAGCCAAAGCAAAGGAUGUGAACCAAAGGCGUGAACCGGUUAUCAAUCUGGCCUCCUUGGGGGCAAAGAAGAAUACCUCCCAAGCGGAUGAGAGAAACUCUCGGAGGGAAGAAAAGAGUUUUUUAGGCUCGAAGAAUUCAAGAGAACGUUCACUCUCUCUUGUUUCAGAUGCUGACUCGAGCACAGGAUCAUACCAUGGAUUCCCAUCUGGUGACCAACAGAAGAAGAUUGCCACAAAACCCUCGGCAUUCGUAGGUGAGUCUUAUUCUAUGGCCAUGUAG